AUGGGGCAAGAAACACCACUAUGGCUGCUUCUACAGAUAUCGCCUAUAAAAAACGAACGAGAUUUGGUUGUGCUGUUUUUGUUGACAUUCAGGGAUAUUACUGCACUCAAGCAACCUAUCGAAACGGACGACACAAAAGGAGGUUUAUCAAAAUUUGCCAAACUAGCAAGAUCCGUAACAAGAAGCCGAUCAGUGCUGGUGUCUCAAUUUUCAUCACAUCUGCCAAAUCUCAAAGAUGCCACCAAACAGUCACAUUUGGCACAGAUGAUGAGUUUAAGUGCCGAUAUAAUGCCCCAGUAUCGUCAAGAAGCUCCCAAGACCCCUCCACAUAUUCUCCUUCAUUACUGCGCUUUCAAGGCCAUUUGGGAUUGGAUCAUUCUUUGUUUAACUUUUUAUACGGCCAUUAUGGUUCCUUACAAUGUAGCCUUUAAGAACAAGACAUCGGAAGAUGUAUCUCUUCUGGUUGUGGACUCAAUUGUUGAUGUGAUAUUCUUUAUCGACAUAGUAUUAAAUUUUCACACGACCUUCGUUGGACCAGGCGGCGAGGUUGUUUCUGAUCCGAAGGUUAUCAGAAUGAAUUAUCUGAAGAGUUGGUUUAUCAUAGAUUUAUUAAGUUGUUUGCCGUACGACGUCUUCAACGCCUUCGAUCAUGACGAAGAUGGCAUCGGCAGUUUAUUUAGCGCCCUUAAAGUCGUCCGCCUACUUCGAUUAGGUAGGGUUGUUCGAAAACUUGAUCGAUAUUUAGAAUACGGAGCUGCUAUGUUGAUACUUCUUCUGUGCUUCUACAUGCUGGUUGCUCAUUGGUUAGCUUGUGUUUGGUACUCAAUCGGUCGGUCGGAUGCCGACAACGGGGUCCAAUACAGCUGGCUGUGGAAACUAGCAAAUAUCACGCAAAACCCGUAUUCCUACGUGUGGCCCAACGAUUCUAGUACACCGGAAUUAAUAAACGGCCCUUCCAGAAAGACGAUGUAUGUGACCGCUUUAUACUUCACCAUGACCUGUAUGACAUCCGUGGGAUUUGGUAACGUUGCUGCCGAAACCGACAACGAGAGGAUAUUUACAAUUUGUAUGAUGAUUAUUGCAGCCGAACGUCGGAAAAACGAACCUCAACUGGAUCAAAACCAAGAUCAUUUAGUUAGGAAGAUAUUUUCUAAAUUUCGAAGAGACCGAAGCCAACAUGCAGCUGCGCCGCCUGCUACGCCUUCGGAUGUCGAAAAAGGGGACGAAGCCAAUGACAAGAAUAUGUCUAGGGUGAUGUCAACGACAAAGUUAUCUGCUGUAGCGGAGAAAGAUGAUAGCAGCGGAGGAGGUGUUAAAACUACGGUGGCGAGACCCGCAACAGCAAGAGGAAGUAAAUGGGGUAGAUUGCUUGGAUCAGCAAGUCUCGAUUCCGGAUCUGAAACUUCAACUGUACCGCAAGCAUUUACCCGAAGUCUAAGCGCCAAAGACCCCAAAGAACGUCCAAGCUCAUCAUCGUCUGGAAGUUCAGGAAGUCAGCUAACUCCCGGUUCUGGCAAUAAGAUAUUUCCUAAAUUACAAAAAGUGUCCGCGACUUCCAGUCCUGGCAUCACUAGGCAGGACACCAUCGACGAGAUGGGAGAGGUGGAACCUCCGCAUUCGAGAAACCUAUCGUUAAGAAAAAUGCAGAGCUACGAUUGUGGGUUGAGAGACCCGUCGACUGCUUCAAUGUAUCAAACAGCCGUCCCUGAUGCUAUAGCGCCCAUAGAGUAUAAGGAACUCAUGACUAAUCUCAUGGACUUUAAGGUGGAUGUAAAACUAGAAAUUCAAAAAUUAAACCAAAAGCUAAACCACGUAGAAGAAAUGAUGUUCGAACUCCUGAAGAGAUUGGGACCAGAGAGCGGCUCGAGUUCCCAGUCACCGAAUGAGACCGAGUCCAAAAAGUCUUCCAAUACGCCACCAGAAAGGCCUACCGACCUUCUGCCCCGAACAACGGAAGGAACUGGUUUAGGCUCUGUUAUACUUAAAAAACGUAGGUCUAAAACGAGAAUCAAGGGAUCUGCCCCACAGGUUCCCACGCCUUCAAGUGGAAAGGUAACCUCACCAGACAGCGCGGCAACGAGUCCAACCGAAACAACAAAAAUGUUGGACGAACCCGUGCAAACCCCGUCCUCUCGCAAACCCAAGGACUUUCUUUAA